GCCCUUACCAUUCAGCGACCUUCAGUUCUUCUUCGUGCUUUGUUGGAGAGUUUUCCAAGGAAUCUUCUCUCUGGUUCAAAGGCAGCAGGAUUCGAUUCGCGCUGACAGCAUUCAGAAUUUGUAUGUCACCGCGUUGUCAGCCACUGACUGAUGAAUGAAUCGAAUCAUAGCAUUAGCAUUCGAAUCUUCAAUCAAAUUUGCGUGCGGAACAGCUUGCUUUGAUGGUUGCUGAUGGUUCAUUAGUCAGUAGGCACUACAACAAUUGUAUUCACUCUCCGCCGUACCGGUAGCUACAUUGCUCUCCCUUGUCCAACAACUACGUUUGCACCAUGGCCAACCGAAUGGAAGCACCCAGAGCACAAUUGGUGUCGACACCGAGCAUGGCUUCGCGCCCUAGUAGUAGAGGGGUGGGAAUUGUGGCACUAUCGCCCAAACCAAUGGUGGUGGCUCCGGUAACACCUACAUCGACUCCUCCCAUCCGCGUGUCUACGACAAGACGAGGAGACGGCAUCAGUCCGUCACCUCUGACAAGUGAAGAUCAGAAGCGAUACUACGAGAGCUCGACUUGGAGGAUGUUUGAUCGUAUACAAGCUUCUCGGCCUGCCAAGCAGCAGCCCAUGAUACCUCCUGCGAACUCCCUCACCUCCAUAUUGAGCGUGAGAAGUGCAAUGGCCACCCUGCCCAGGUAUCCGCCCAAGCAUCUGAGCCGAGGUUAUCACCAAGAAAGUUUUGCGGAGAGAUAUCAUCAAGAAACUCCAGCAGUCGUUCAAAGCGACGCGGACGAUGAGCUUAUUUUCGACUUGGAGCUCUGAGAAACACCUCUACAUUUUUGAACCACACAUGGCUACGAUUACACGCUUCCCUAUUCCCCAAUUUUGAUACAGUUUUGUUCUACUUUUAACCUGAUAACUCUUGUUGUCACUAC